AACAAAUGUUAAUUAUUAUUUGGUGUAACCAUUGAUUAUAGAAAAGACUAAUAUAAUUCUAUUCUAUAAAGAAUUGUAUAACACGCAGUCAAUGAAUACGAUUGGAUUCAUCAGCUACACCUAUGGAAAUCGUGUUAUCAUUGAACAAUGUGAAGUUAUCCAAAAGUUUAAAUAUUGAUUCUGUCUUAUACAAGUUAGUAUUUACAUCACAUUAUAAGAAAUUAAAAAACUAUUUUUUUUUCUUACAAAACGUGUGUUGGGGUUAUAGAAUAGCAAAAAAAUCAUAUUUAUAAUCAAAUUGAUAAAAAAAAAAAAGAUAACUGAUGAUCAUUGAUAAUUUGAUAAUAAGUAUAAGUAUUUUAUUAGUCAAGGUAUGUUAGUUUUAAAUACAAUAAUAUAAAACAUCAUGUUGUUAUUUAGUUUUUUAAAUAGCUGUAUAGUUUACCUGUAAGCUAUAUGAAUUGAAAUAGACCUUAUACUUUACGUAUAACCUAUGGUUAUUGACCAUACCAACACUAAGUUAUUAAUCAUGUUAUAUAUUUUUAACCUAACAUAAUAUUAUGCAAUAUUAUUUUGUUGGUACUUAAGUUUGUACAUAACCUUAAGUUGGUAACAAUUAUUACUGUAAUUCUACAAUAAAUGAUAAUGCAUUAAUAUUAUCAUUUAUAGUUGAUAGUAAAAAUGCACAAAUAAAAUAUUUUAGUAUUAACGUGUAUCAAUUGAACCAAGUAUGGAAUUGUUACUUAUAAAUUAUGAAUAGUUAAUAGAAACACUGAUAUGAGGGGUUUGUUUUUUUAACAAUUCGAACUAGAUUUAAUCCAAUGCAUUUGUUAUUUAUAAGGUAAUUUUCAAUCUUCAAGAAUUUUAAGUAUAAAAAUUACUUUACAUAUAUCAAGAAAUAAUAAAUAAUUCAAUUUUAAUAAGAAUAUAAUACAACUAUAUAGCAUAUAGGUAUAACAAUAGAAUUUAUAUUGCAAUAGAAUUAUUAUGGAUUAUUUCAGCAAAUAAAUUAGUGACAGAUAAAAAAAAUAUUAUAUUUAUAAUAUUUUACCUACUUAUAAGUUGUAUACAAAUAAUGAAAAAAAAAUAUGGGCCUUCAUUAAUUUUAUUAUGCAGUGAUUUAAAAUAAAAAUAUAAAAAUAAAGAUAAAAAAUCAUAUUGAAAGAAUAACAUUGAUAAUAUGACAAAACCCUUCCAAGAAAAUUUUAAUGAACAAAUUAUAAGAAAAAGAAAAAAAUCUCAAAAAAAUAUGCAAAACACAAAGAGACGUUAUGACGCCAUGAAAGAACACAAUUACUUUCGUGAUUCAAAAAAAAAAAGAUCUCGAUGGCCGAAUGAAACAGUAAACUUUACUGAAGAGAUAACAAAUAAUAAUGAUGAACUUGAUUCUUCAUUAGAUUGGUUCAUGGAUUUAAGUUCAAGUGAUGAUGAAGAAGAAGAUUUAACAGACAUUUCUCUUUCUUUAUUAUUAAAAAGAGAACUUGAAAAAGACUUACAAAAAAAGUGCAAAAAUAAAAAAUCCCCAAACGAUUUAAAUUUGUUACAUGAAGACCAACUAUAUGAUGAAUUAAAUAAUAAUAAUAAUCAUAAUUUGUUAAAUAUUUCUAAUGAUACAAGUAAUAUAAUAUGUGAAAAUCAGUUAAUCAAUGAUGAAAAAGAAAGUAAUGUUGUACCACUAGUUUCAUUAACUAAUGAUGCAACCAUUAUACAAAAUCCAAAUAUUACAAAUGGUAUAGAAUCUCAAAUAAAAUUGUCUGGUCAACCAUGUAAGGAACUUGUUAUGAGUUUUGAUUUGUUACCAAAUGUUUCAGUGUAUAAAAAAGUGUCUCCUCCAUUGCAAUGGAAGCAUUUAAUAUAUUUAGCUAUAAAGAAUUCUUCUACAGAGAAUGUAACUUGUUAUGAUAUAGAGCGUUUUAUCAGAUAUUGGUUUCCCUAUUAUAAUAACAGACCAUAUGUUAAGUUUAUUAAUUUUAUAUUAAAUUGUGCAGAUUCUUAUUUCAAUAAAAACUAUUUUUUUAGUAAUAUACUUCCAAUUAAUAUGGGUAAAAACAGUACAUGGACUGUUAAUAAUAUUUAUAUAAAUACUUUAGAAGAAAAUUUGAUGACAAUUGUUGAAAAUAAUGAAGAUGAAAUAAAAGCAGCAAUGACCAAUCCUGAAAAAUUAUCAACAAUACUAAAUGGAUAUAGUGUAUUUUAUUUGGGAUUAAGUAAAAAUCUUUAAAUGAAUACUGUCAACUGAAUAAACAAAAAUUUCAUUUGAUUAUAAUCUGAAGAUUACCAAUAAAUGUUUGGGAGUACAUUCCAUAAAAAGAUCACCAAAAAUCAUUUCAUUAAAAGUUUACAAUUUGUUGAAUAUUAUAUACCUACAGUUCAAUUGAAAAAGGUCAACUGUACAUCAGGAUCUAUAACAUUUUUAUAUAUUUAGAAUGUCUUAUGUAAAAAAUAUUUAUUUUAUAUUAAUAUUGGAUGUAUUUUUUUUAAUUUAAUAUUUAACUAAAAAAUCUAUUUUGUUGAAGAGUUUUAUUAAAAUUGCGAUAAAAACUAAUCCAUACCUAUACACUAUGUUACAAGUUAAUUGCCAUCAAUUGUAACCCUUUAAAAUCAGCAGAAAAUUUAUUAAUUUGGAUAGUUCAAUUAAUUUAUUACUAUAAUAAAUUAUAAGUGUAGGUAGAGAAUGCUAUGUUUGAUUAUAUUUGUGUUCCUAAAUUAUAAACUAGGUAUAUUUAGUCAUUAAAUAAGACGUUUAUUGUUAUUAAAAUGAUUGCUUAGUAUUAAUAGUAUACGAAUUAAUUAGAUUUAUUUUUUAUUGUAUUUUAACAUUAAGGUAGAAUGUUAUAUCAGACUUUUUUUUUUUUAUCUAUUAUAUUUAAUAUAUUUUAACUGACUGUUAUAUUUCCUAAUAAAGUAA